AUGCCGAGAAAAGCAGUGUGCAGGCGAGUCCUUUUGUUUAAUAAUCCAGUGGACGGAAAUUGGUCAGGAUGGGGAAGCUACUCACAUUGUGAUGUCACGUGUGGUACUGGUUGGAAACUAAGAAGGAGGAAUUGUACAAACCCGCCACCUAGCGGAGGUGGAGGGGACUGUGUGGGACUAGACGAGGAGGGAAUCCUGUGUUUAAAUAAACCUUGUCCUAUUGACGGUGCGUGGAGUGCAUGGUCCAGGUAUAGCACUUGUAGCGUGUCCUGUGGCGGCGGAAACAGAGAAAGAAAUCGGACAUGUAAUAACCCUGAGCCUUCCAAUGGCGGUCGAGAUUGUACUGGAAAUUCCACAAUGUCUGAAACAUGCAACACCUCAAUCUGUCCAGGUUGGGGUUCUUGGGGGCCAUAUACUCCAUGUUCCAAACCUUGUGGAGCUGGUCGGAAGUACAGGUUCAGAACAUGCCAAGGCCAGAACGCAACAUUUUGUGACGGUCUUCAUUACCAAUAUGCUUCUUGCAAUCUAGAGGCAUGUUCAGAAAGUUUUGGAUAAAAGCAUCGAUACUAUAAAUGAUAUUCACAGUCCAUCUUCCAUAAAUUUUUCCACUUCAUCUGUAUUUUCUGCUUCUUUGCUUCUAAAAAAAGAAUUUUGUUAUAUUAAAAAUAAAUGAGAC